GGCGACCCCCCACCCCUCUCCCGCACAGGAAGUGACGUCAGGACGGCCUUGGCGCGCUCCACGCGGCGCCGUUAGAAAUCGCGAAGCGGAAUUCUCCUCAGAGGAGCGGCGGCGACUCAUCAAGAAGCACGCAGAGCGAGGGUUGUCCACAGAAGCAGCUCAGCAUGAAGUACAUCCUGGUGACCGGGGGGGUGAUCUCUGGGAUCGGGAAGGGAAUCAUCGCAAGCUCUGUAGGAACAAUUCUCAAGGCCUGCGGACUGAGAGUCACGGCCAUCAAGAUAGACCCCUACAUCAACAUUGAUGCUGGGACAUUCUCUCCUUAUGAGCACGGCGAGGUGUUUGUGCUGGAUGAUGGUGGUGAGGUGGAUCUGGACCUGGGUAAUUACGAGCGCUUCCUGGACAUCAACUUGUAUCGUGACAACAACAUCACCACUGGCAAGGUUUACCAGCAGGUGAUAACCAAAGAGCGGAGGGGAGAUUACCUGGGAAAAACUGUGCAAGUUGUCCCACACAUCACCGACGCUGUCCAGGAGUGGGUGAUGUCCCAGGCGAAGGUUCCCGUGGACGCUCGAGGAGAGGAGCCUCAAGUCUGUGUCAUAGAGUUGGGAGGUACUAUCGGUGACAUAGAAGGGAUGCCCUUUGUGGAGGCUUUUCGUCAGUUCCAGUUUCGAGUCCAGCGGGAAAACUUCGCGAAUAUUCAUGUCAGCCUCGUCCCACAGCCCGGAGCGACCGGUGAGCAGAAAACCAAACCGACCCAGAACAGCGUCCGGGAGCUCCGUGGACUCGGAUUGUCUCCUGACCUGGUUGUAUGUCGCUGUGAGUCUCCCCUCUCUCUCUCCGUCAAGGAGAAGGUGGCCAUGUUUUGUCACGUGGGACCAGAACAGGUAAUGUGUGUUCACGAUGUGUCCUGCGUCUACCGCGUCCCGCUCCUGCUUGAGUCCCAGGGAGUCGUUCAGUAUUUCCGUCAGCGGCUCAACCUGCCCAUACCCCUCACACAGCCUCCACGCAGACUCAGCAAGUGGAGAGAGAUGGCCAAUCGCUCUGACCGCAUGUUGAAGUCCGUGGCGAUCACCCUGGUCGGCAAGUACGUGCGUCUGUCCGACUCGUACGCCUCUGUCGUGAAAGCACUUGAGCAUGCAGCACUGGCGAUGAAUCAUCGGCUGCAGCUGUCGUACGUUGACUCGGCUGAUCUGGAGGCUGGAGUCCAGUCAACGGAUCCAGUCAAGUAUCACGAGGCCUGGCAGAAGCUCUGCAGUGCAGACGGGGUUCUCGUUCCCGGUGGCUUUGGGAUCCGUGGCACGGAGGGGAAGAUCUCAGCUGUGUCGUGGGCACGGAAAAACAACAAACCCUUUUUAGGAGUUUGUCUGGGUAUGCAGCUUGCAGUGAUUGAGUUUGCAAGACAUCAGCUGGGAUGGACAGAUGCAAAUUCCACGGAGUUUGACCCAGAUACCAAACAUCCAGUGGUGGUGGACAUGCCAGAACAUAACCCAGGUGACAUGGGUGGGACCAUGAGACUGGGAAAGCGAACAACAAUCUUCAAGACUUCAAACUCUGUACUGCGUCAGCUUUACGGAAACAAAGACUCAGUGGAUGAGAGACAUCGCCAUAGAUACGAGGUGAAUCCGGUGUUGGUUCCGGAGUUUGAGAGCCGUGGACUUCGCUUUGUUGGCCAAGAUGCUGACGGAGUGAGGAUGGAGGUGCUGGAGUUAGAUGACCACCCGUUUUUUGUGGGGGUCCAGUUCCACCCCGAGUUCACCUCCAGACCCAUGUCUCCUUCUCCCGUCUACCUGGGUCUACUGCUCAGCGCCGCUGGCAAGCUCCAGAGCUUCCUGCAGAGGGGUUGCAGAUUGUCUCCACGGGACGACUACUCUGACGUCAGCGACGAUGGGGACUCCGACUCGGAGCUCGCCGCCCUGGGCGGAGCCACGGCGCCUAGCAACGGUCUCCCUGGCAACGGUCUCCGUGGCAACGGUCUCCCUGGCAACGGUCUCGGCGAGGUGUGACCACGGCAACUCGGGCAGCCGGCAAGCGCAGCUACUGCAUUGACAAGAACGAAGAACCACAACAACCACAACAACCACUACAACCACUACAACCACCACAACUACUACGACCACAACAACAACAA